ACACACUCACGCGCACACACUCCUCCUGCGCUUCGCUCUCAGCCCAGUUAAGGAUCAUGGCCGAUCGCAGGCGCGACUGGUGGGACAAGGAGGACGACCUGCCCGUGUACCUCGCCCGGCCGGGCACAACGGACCAGGUGCCGCGGCAGAAGUUCGGCGGCAUGUUCUGCAGCGUGGAGGGGGCCUACGAAAGCAAGACGAUCGACUUCGACGCGCUGAGCGUCGGGCAGCGGAGCUCCAGGGGCGCCGGUCAGCGGGCGGCCGCGCGGGGCUCCGCGAGCCCGGAGGGAGGGGAGCGGGAGCGCGAGCCGGAGCGCGAGCCGGAGCGGGAGCCGCCGCGUGAGGCGGCGGGACAGCCUGGGGAUCGCGGCGUCGGAAUAAUAAGCAGCACCGGCGGCGCCGGGGGCAAAGAGCUCCUGCAGAACCUGGACGACCUCGGGAGCGACAGGCUUCUGAUCAAAGGUGGCCGGAUCGUGAACGACGACCAGUCGUUUUACGCGGACAUUUACAUGGAAGAUGGCCUCAUCAAGCAAAUUGGAGACAAUCUGAUUGUCCCAGGAGGGGUGAAGAUUAUUGAGGCCAAUGGAAAGAUGGUCAUUCCCGGGGGCAUAGACAUCCACACCCACUUCCAGAUGCCCUACCGGGGCACGACCACCGUGGAUGACUUCUCCCAGGGGACCAAGGCUGCCCUGGCCGGAGGGACCACCAUGAUCGUGGACCACGUGAUCCCGGAUCCGGGCAGCAGCCUGAUCGAAGCCUUCGAUCGCUGGAGGGAGUGGGCGGACGAGAAGGCCUGCUGCGACUACUCCCUGCACGUGGACAUCACGCAUUGGAAUGACAGCGUCAAGCAGGAGGUGGAGUCCCUGCUCAAGGAGAAAGGGGUCAACUCCUUCCAGGUCUACAUGGCAUACAAGGACCUGUACCAGAUGAGCAACAGCGAGCUCUACGAGAUCUUCACCUUCCUGGGGGAGAUGGGCGGCAUUGUGCAGGUCCACGCCGAGAAUGGGGAAAUCAUUGCCGAGGAACAAGCCCGCAUGCUGCAGAUGGGCAUCACUGGACCUGAGGGCCACGUGCUCAGCAGGCCUGAGGAGCUCGAGGCGGAGGCCGUGUUCCGGGCCAUAACCAUCGCCAGCCAGACCAACUGUCCCCUGUAUGUGACCAAGGUGAUGAGCAAGAGCGCUGCUGACAUCAUAUCCCAAGCCCGAAAGAAAGGAAAUGUUGUUUUUGGCGAGCCAAUCACUGCCAGCCUUGGCACCGAUGGAACGCACUACUGGAGCAAGAACUGGGCCAAAGCCGCUUCCUUUGUGACAUCACCGCCCCUGAGUCCGGAUCCCACCACCCCCGACUACCUGAACACCUUGCUAGCCAGUGGCGAUCUGACCUUGACGGGGAGCGCGCACUGUGCCUUCAGUGUGGCUCAGAAGGCUAUCGGGAAGGAUGACUUCACCCAGAUCCCGGAGGGAGUGAAUGGCGUGGAGGAAAGGAUGUCCCUUAUCUGGGAUAAGGCAGUGGUCACGGGAAAAAUGGACGAGAACACGUUUGUUGCCGUGACGAGCACCAAUGCUGCCAAACUCCUGAAUCUGUACCCCCGAAAGGGUCGGAUAGCCGUGGGCUCCGACAGCGACUUGGUCAUCUGGGACUCGGAUGCCAUCAGGACCGUCACGGCCAAGACACACCACUCGGCUGCUGAGUACAACGUAUUCGAGGGCAUGGAGCUCCGCGGCGCCCCCUUGGUGGUCAUCUGCCAGGGCAAGAUCGUGCUGGAGGAUGGCAAACUGCAAGCCACCGCUGGAUCUGGCCGCUUCAUCCCGUGCAGCCCGUUCCCCGACUUUGCCUACAAGCGCAUCAAGGCCAGGAAGCAGCUGGCCGUUCUGAGGGCGGUGCCUAGGGGCAUGUAUGACGGGCCGGUGUCGGACUUCUCCCCAAUGUCCCGGGGUGGAACCCCCUCCGCCUCGGCCCGCACCUCACCCACCAAACAGACACCACCUGUCCGGAACCUCCACCAGUCGGGCUUCAGUUUAGCAGGUAACCCUGCUCAACGUGGCGCUCCCAGCACAGAGGAGACCCCCAUUCGGCCAGCGGGCCGGCGCAUAGUGGUGCCCCCUGGCGGCCGCUCCAACAUCACAUCUCUGAGCUGAAGAGCAACGGCCGCCCGCUCUAGGGAAGGAGACACGAUUGGUUCGAGUUCAAGUUCAAGUUCAAGUACAAGCUAAACACUGAAUCCUCCUGCCUUACCAAUCACGACUGCUACCUGCUAUAGCUUUAAGAGUGCAGUAUUCCUUCUCUUCAGAAAGCCCUGCUUUUGCAAAGAAAACCUUAAGAAAAUUCGGACAGGAAAACAAAGACCAUCCAGAACGUCAGUGGUGUGUCACGCAUUUUUUUUUUUUUUUUUUUUAGAGCUAACGUUUCUCCUCGAUUGUGAAGCCCCUUUGCCGGCAUGUUCCGCGGUGCGCUGCUCACGAAGCGCAUCGCACGAAUGUUCCCGAAACCCGACGCGUUCCCCGGUGGAUGUGGACGGCCUUCUGUAAAUAGUACUGUUCAGAUCUCUAGUAAGCGUCGUGUACGUGUAAGUGUUCACACUUCGCAUGUAUUGCACGUACCUCAAACACCGAAUGGCUUUUCGUGAAUUCAGUAGGACGUGUUGCUUUAUAUUAUAUUGGAACCAUAAGCAGCAGUGAGCGAUCGCUCCUUUACCCCUCCGUAUGAAAGGGAUUCCUAUUUGAAUGGCUCUCCUCAAUGCAGUUCCCCUCCGAUGGUGCUUCGGGAGCGAAGGAUUGGGCAUCAGGUACCUCUGCAAGCUGGGAGAAACCGGUCCGGCUGCCGUUCCGCAGAAACGAACCUCCUCCGUCUUCGUCCGGAAGCGCGCUUUCUGGGAAAAGGAAUACUGCCGUUUUCCGAAUGUUGCUUUUAACCUCUUUUUUUUCUUUUUUUUUGUUCAUUCUUCGGCUUCCAACAUCGCUUUCAGCUUGUUUCGCAGCUGCACACAUUGCUUUGUUUACCCUGCAGAACCAUGAGCAGUGUAUAGGUCGCAAUGUGAGUCUGGUAGAUGUAAUGUAGCUUUGUGGAUGGUGCUGUUGCUGUAUCCUUGGGUUGUUGAACCGGGAGUAUUUGAUAGCAUAACAAAUUAAAGAUUAAAAUUUACAAAAAGGAAAAAAAAAAAAAAACACAUCUGGUGCACAGAUUUUGUAAACAUGCAAAAACUUGUUGGUAGGGGGGGAAAAAAGGGGUUUUUUUCAUAUUUUUCCAAGCGCUCUUUCCUGGCUGUUCAUUGUGAGUAAUUGUCCUUUUCGUUUGCUUCUUAAUCCAAAUCUUAAACUUAAUGCCUGUGCUAAUGAUACAUUUAGUAAGUGAUUUUGGAAAAGUAAUAUCAGCCUUUAGGGAAAAAAAAAAGAAGAUGUAAUAAGAUAUAGUGUAAUUUGCCUGCAUAGAUAAAACUGGCCAUGCAAUCGAUUCUCGGAGCUUGAAGAAGGAAACAACAAAACCUGCUUUGAAAUAACAGUAUUUACACAGUCAGUUUAAUUCUUCCUCUGUUGGUGUGGGCAGUCGCCUUUUGUUAGACUAGUAGUUGAAGUGUCGCCGUCGUUUCCAGGUCCGUAGAGAAGUAGCGUGAAGAAAACACAGGUCCGCAGCGAUAUGAUGGUUUCAUUUCCCGGGAUGGAGCCUUUUUUUGGACACCGUUUUGAUGGUUUGAAGGACUCCGUGGCUUUGAGGCGACGUGUCCGAGAGGCGGAACGUUGGCUGUUGUGCUGCUGGCUGAAGGCCAGGCUCCCAUGCGUCCGACGUUCCCAGGGUCGCCGGUGGUGCUCAGACACAUGACUAAUAAUAGCAAGUAGAGAGUUUUUUGUGCAGCUCCAGGCCUUGCUGUAUGUGCUGAGUUUUCUUCAGCUGCCCUCUUCCAUUUGUUUGCCCCAAGAUUCCUUCAGGUGCCCCGAGUUGCCCAUUAACAGCAAUCGGACCCUUUUUUAAGAGGCAACCAGAGUCCAUGGAGAUGAUAACUGUCACACACAGUAGAAUCUUUUUUUUUUUUUUUUUUUUUUUUUCAAAUUAAAUUAUUCUCAACAUGCAGUGCCAGUUCUUAUUGAUUGACUGAUUGAAAAAUGGGUUGGAUGUCUCUCACCUGUGUGUUCUGCCGAGAGAAAACAGGAACGGUGGGCUCUUUGUGCGGUUUUAUUGAACACCGAGCGAAGUAUUGUAACCGCUCCCAGCCCACUUUGCCAGAUGUCUAAAUCAAAGUCUGACAAGAGAUCGUUUGGAAUAUUUACGGAAUGACAACAGAAGGAAAUGGGGAAAAAAAAAAAAAAAAAAAAAACUCAGUUAAACACAAUCGCUUUUAAUAU